CCUCCUCCUCCUCCGCCGCCGCCGCCGCCGCCGCCCGCUCCCGCCCGCGCGCGGCGGGAUGGACGAUCAAUCCAGGAUGCUGCAGACGCUGGCCGGGGUGAACCUGGCCGGCCACUCGGUCCAGGGGGGCAUGGCUCUGCCGCCUCCCCCUCACGGCCACGAAGGGGCGGACGGCGACGGCAGGAAGCAGGACAUCGGCGACAUCCUCCACCAGAUCAUGACCAUCACCGACCAGAGCUUGGACGAGGCGCAAGCAAAGAAACAUGCUCUGAACUGUCACAGAAUGAAACCUGCGCUCUUCAGCGUCCUAUGUGAGAUCAAAGAGAAAACAGGUCUCAGCAUCAGAGGAGCCCAGGAGGAGGACCCUCCCGACCCCCAGCUAAUGAGACUGGACAAUAUGCUUUUGGCAGAAGGGGUUUCAGGUCCUGAGAAAGGUGGGGGAUCGGCGGCAGCAGCUGCAGCCGCAGCAGCCUCUGGAGGUUCUUCAGAUAACUCUAUUGAACACUCAGAUUACAGAGCCAAAUUGACCCAGAUCAGACAAAUCUAUCACACAGAACUGGAGAAAUAUGAACAGGCCUGUAAUGAAUUCACUACACAUGUGAUGAACCUUCUCCGAGAGCAGAGUAGAACACGUCCCAUUUCCCCAAAAGAGAUUGAAAGAAUGGUGGGCAUCAUUCAUCGAAAAUUUAGUUCCAUCCAGAUGCAACUCAAACAAAGCACUUGUGAAGCAGUUAUGAUUUUAAGAUCAAGGUUCCUUGAUGCCAGACGGAAAAGGCGUAACUUCAGUAAACAGGCCACAGAAAUCUUGAAUGAAUACUUUUACUCACACCUCAGCAACCCCUACCCCAGUGAAGAAGCCAAAGAGGAGCUGGCCAAGAAGUGCAGCAUCACUGUGUCACAGGUAUCCAACUGGUUUGGCAACAAACGAAUCAGGUACAAGAAGAAUAUUGGCAAGUUUCAGGAGGAAGCCAACCUCUAUGCUGCAAAGACAGCUGUGACAGCCGCACAUGCCGUGGCCGCAGCUGUGCAGAACAACCAGACCAACUCACCCACCACGCCAAACUCUGGUUCUUCUGGUUCUUUUAACCUCCCAAAUUCUGGGGACAUGUUCAUGAACAUGCAGAGUCUGAAUGGGGAUUCUUACCAAGGGUCCCAAGUCGGAGCCAAUGUGCAAUCACAGGUGGAUACCCUCCGUCAUGUUAUCAAUCAGACGGGAGGCUACAGUGACGGCCUUGGAGGAAACUCGCUGUACAGUCCACACAAUUUAAAUGCUAAUGGAGGCUGGCAGGACGCAACAACUCCAUCUUCUGUGACUUCUCCUACGGAAGGCCCGGGCAGUGUGCACUCGGAUACCUCUAACUGAUCACCACAGGCCUCUCCGAGCUGACACGCCUUGAUAAGUGCAUUCAGAGCAAUAGGAGGAGGAGAGCGUUUUUGUAGCCCGCCAUCUACAGCUUUACUGUAAAACCUUCUUAUUAGAGAACUUGAGAAACCUGUUUUUUAAGGAAUCAUAAUCAUUUGUAUUUAUACUUAAGACACACAAUGUUUAAAAGAAAGCACUUUAUCCAAUUAGGCCAAGACUUAACAUUGUUGACGGUCCUGUAGCUAUUUUAUCAUAAUUUAUUAUUGGUCUUUUACAUUAACCGUUUCACAGUUGCCAAUUUCUUGGCCUUAAGGGUAAAACUACAGUAUCUGCUAGACCUCCGGCGUGGAUCGAGGAGGAGGGCUCACCUCGCUUGCAUAGCUCCAUGCAGGCCUUGAUCGUCUUUCCCACAUCACUGAUGGGCUGGACUAAAGGAGCCUUUUGGCUCUCUCUUAUCGACGGUUGUGUUUAAGAACCUCCCGCGUCACAUUUGUGUUGUGAUCUCUUAUGUUAUAAUUGGGUCAGAGACAGUGGCCUCUUUUCUCUCUGUGAAAGUACCAGUACCAGAGUCUGCUCGGUAAUGAGAUCACGGAUCCAGAUUGCUCUGAGAGAUGGAGACGCUUGCUGACGGAGGUGAAAACAAGACCUGUCUGGGGUUGGGCCAUGUGCACCCAGUGUUGCAGACUUGUCAAGGUUUGCUGUGUCCUCUGGGCAGCCGCAAAAGGCCCUCUGGAGUCUUGUAUAUAGUGUAGCAAAAGAGUAUUUAUACAUCUCACCAAUCAGAACACAGCUUAUUACCUCAUGCGAACUCAUACAAACCAAUAGAAUUUCAACAUGUUCCGUAGCUUAGAGUGCUCACUUACUACCUCUGAACAAUACUCACGCUGUAGUUUGUCUUUCUUAUCUUUUUGCAUCUUGUAAUUAACUCUUUGUUUCCCUUCACAAAAUGUAAUGUACAUUGUAAUCUUUUAAAAGGAAACUCAGGGUUGCAUUUGCAACCUUUAAGAAGCCUAGAGUGAAAACAUUGGGUCUAACUCUAACACAGGAUCAGUUAAGCUGCUGUAAAUACCCAGAAGCGUUUCGAAUGUCCUUCAUCUUGUUACUAAUCCAUGCAAAAAAGAAAAAAAAGAAAAAAAAAAAGCGGCGAUCCCUUGUGAUGCAUUCUGAUUCCAGUAUUCAGUACUGUAUAUUUUACCCUGUGUGAUGGGCCCCUCCUUUCUCUUUUUGUAUUGUAUGCGAUUCUGAAACUGAGUCAUCAAAAUAAUUUGUGGCGGUGAUUCUAACGUAUUAAAAACGUUUCGUGUUCCUUUCUAACUGGAUUACACCCCGGAUUGAAAAAGUCUUCCUUGUGGUAGUUCUAUGUAGUUUCAAACAUGAAUAAACUUUUUGCUUUCAUGAUUAAACUU